AUGUCUAUGACUCUUCACAACUCACCUUUCUUUGAAUUGUUCGAUGGCUUGAACAGGCAAUUAUCAAGAGGCAAUAAUCUCUUCGACACCAUGGUUAAAAGCUCCGGUUUGGAUAUUGUGCCACCGGUUGACUUAAUUGAAAAGGAUGAUGUGUUUAUGUUGCAUGCCUCGGUUCCUGGUGCUGUCCCAUCCAAUAUUACCAUUGAUUUCGACAGAAGCAACAAUGAAUUGAAGAUCGCUGGUACAGUUCCUGAAACCAACAUCGAGGAAGAAGACAAGGACACCCACAAGUAUUAUAGGGAAAUCAAGACUGGUUCAUUUGAGAGAACAGUUAGAUUUGGUAAGGACACAAUCGACGAAGAUGGUAUUUCUGCGAAAUACAAUAAUGGUGUGCUUGAAGUCUUGGUGCCAAAAGUGAAGCCUGCUGCUCCUGAAUCAAAGGUUAGAAGAAUCCAAAUUGGGGGUAUUGAAGAAGAUUCAUCAAAAGAAUCCGCUUAG